GGAUCUCAGAGUAUUGAGAGGAUCUUUUCCUAGUAUAAGAGGAGGGAAAGGAAGCACCUCUAAUAUAUGUCCUACCAAUGGACCAUAUGAUUUAACUUUUUGACACUGAAUAAGAAUCGAACAAUAAUCAAUCGAUUAUUGCAGGGAGAACAAUGGAAACAAAAUCAUCUGAUUAUGUCAAAAUUUUCCGACGAAUCAGGCGAUUUCUUCAAGCUAUUGCUUCGUCGAAUCAAAGGAAGAAAGAUACACAUCUUAACGGAUGCAAAAUGGCGCUCUGUGCCGUCGACGGUGGCUACCCCAGCGAUUACAUUGCGAUAGAUUUUGCUGCACAUUGUAUGGCUUUAUAUCUGUUAGUUUCCUCAAAUUCAAGAGGCAAAGGAGGCGGUCUUGCUAUAUUUGGGCAGUGUGGGCUGAAGGUCCCCUCGGAUUUGGUUUGCUGUUGAGUAGUCGCAAAACACAGACCUUCCAACUAUAUGAUAUAUUUGUAAGUUAUCAAUGUCAGGAUGCUUCUGAAUAACAGGUGCCACAUGAGGCCGCAGUGGAUUGUUCCAAUCAUGUCUCUGCAUAUCCUAUAUGGGCUGUGGAAAGGAAUAAUUGUCUCAGCAUCUUCAAUGGGUAUGGGGCCUCUGAUUUUUUUCUUUGAUUAGCAUAGUUUAUGAUGCUGAUAAAUUGAUUGUAUCCCAUACCUCAGUUAAUGGAAUACGAAGGUGACAGUAAAAUAGGAUCAAAGUGAGUAUUUUUUUCAAAUACUUCAUGGUUUUGGAAAUUCAAUAAUUUUCAAACAAAAAGUAUCCAAUAAAUGAGUAUCAUGCUGAAGCUUGAAACUAAGGUUUUUGGUCAAGGUAACAUGACUAUUUGCUGUUUUAAUUCGACGAGAUUGAAUUGAAAUCAUUUUUUAAAACGAUAUCUUACAAAAAAGUAAAAUUCAGUAUGUUAUUAUCAUAAUACUAUUCGUUUCAUGUUUUAAUUGUGCACCUAAAAAAACUUCCUUUUUUUUUUUUUAACAAAAAAGUUGCAGAUUAGCUCUGGAUCAAGAGGAUUGUUUCUUUCUGUCUCGCAUUUUAAAAGGGCUUUUGCUACAUCUUUGAAUUUUUUAGUGGCAUUAUGUUCAUAUUUACCUUGUAUUUUCUCAAUGUCUCUGUCCUUUUAUCAUCAAAAGCUAAUUAAUGGAAAGAAAAAUGAACUUGUCUAUUUCACUAACUGGUAAAGCUCAAGAUAGGUCAGGGGUGCGUCGGAACGGUCGGUGGCCGCUUACUCUCAUCCGAGAGUCUAAUCUCUUAGUACUGUUUUUUUUUUAAUCAAGGAAAAAAGGGGGUCGAUUUAGGCUCCUCCCUUCCACUACAUAGCUGUGCUAGCAGGUACCACAAUCCCUCUGUCCCAUAGAUCUAACUUGCUCGCGUGGUUCACCGGUUCCACUGAAAACUCUCAUUUGUUGAAGGGAAGCAUAGUGCGCUUUAGGCACCGAGCGAGAAAGGUCUCUUCUUUUCCCUAAUCUGAAGUGAUAUACUACAAACCUCAUUAAUUUUUUUGUUCUUUGUUCUUCCAGGAGUUUGGCUUCUGCCUUUACUACGAAUGAAAUCCAUGAAGAGAUCUAGGACUCCAGGUUGCUUCUAGAUUUCUGUUAUUACUCAAGGAGAGAUGGUAGCUUUUGAUGAAUUAAAGUACUAAAAUUGGACAGGGACAUGCAUGAGCUUCCAAUAACGAAUGGAUGAAAAUGACCAUUCACAUGAAGUAGGUAAUAAAACAGAGUUUCCUCUCUCUACUCUCUCUCUACUUUGUCUCUACUCUCUCUCGCCCUCCUUAUUAAGGAACCAGUUAAUGUAACAGAUUAUUCACACCAUGAUUGUAACAUGCUCUCUGUUAGUUUCCUCUCAGCCAAUUUGGCUUCUUGCCCUCUCCUUGCUUGGCUUCUUAAUCAUUCUCCAACGCUCCACCACCGUGGUCCGAUGGGUUUACCGAGCUUUUCUCAGACCCCCCAAGGAUCUAGGACGCUAUGGCUCUUGGGGCAUAGUCACUGGCGCCACUGACGGCAUCGGAAAGUCCUUUGCCUAUCAGCUGGCCAGUGCAGGUCUUAACCUUAUACUCAUUAGCAGAAGCUCAGCCAAGCUGAAGGCAGUUUCCAAGGAUAUCCGAUCUCAGUUUCCUGAUACAAACAUAAAAAUCAUUGAAUUGGACUUCACAGAAGAUGAUAUUGGUGCUGGUAUUGCUGAGAUUAAGGAGAUGAUUGAAGAUUCGGACGUGGGGAUUCUGAUAAACAACGUGGGAAUUACAUAUCCAAACGCUAAGUUUUUCCAUGAAGUGGAUGAGAAAGUUUGGAUGGAUGUUUUUAAAGUGAACGUGAAAGGCACUACUUGGGUUACCAAAGCUGUUUUGCCAAAGAUGAUUAAGAAGAACAGAGGAGCUAUUGUGAAUAUUGGCUCCGGCGCUGCUGUUAUUGUACCUUCUCAUCCUCUCUACUCUAUCUAUGCUGCUACAAAAGCGUACGUGGACCAAUUCUCAAGAUCUCUCCAUGUGGAAUACAAAGACAGGGGAAUUGAUGUUCAGUGUCAGGUGCCAUUGUAUGUAGCAACUGAAAUGGCAUCAAGAGUGGCAUCAGUGAGCAGAGCAUCGCUGUUCAUCCCAUCGUCCGAUGACUAUGUAAGAGCUGCAAUUCGCAGAAUUGGAUAUGAGCCACGGUGCACCCCUUACUGGUCUCACUCUCUUCAAUGGUGCUUUGCUUGUCUGCUCCCGGAGGCAGUUCUCGACGCCUGGCGACUGUCCAUCGGGUUGCAGCGGAGGAGGAAGGAAUCGGACGCCAUGAAAGGGAUUGAAGGUUGCAAACAAGAAUGAAGGGCGGGCUUAGACUUGGAGAUAAAAGCAUAUGAUAUGGUGAAAUAUUAAACUAUCUUACUCAUCCAUGAUGUGAUGAAUUGUUCAAUAAGGUGAUAGGAUAUGGUUUGUUCAACUUGGAAAAGUUACUUUGUUUAAGCUGUUGUGUUGUCUUUUGCUUAUAGUUAUAUAACGAUGCUUUUAAAUCUUCUC